GUGUAAACAAACCAAAAUACGUUACACAAUGUUGCUGUGUCUAUAGUCGAGCGAGGCCGGCUGGCAUGUUAUGAACCAGGUUUGGAAAUGGACGUUUCGCGACCCUCAGUCCCUUCCAUUCAGCUCAUCUUCAAUCUGCGUUGCCUGUCAUUAAGCGCUAAGCGCUAAGCCUUUAGGUGUUUCUUCGUCUUAACAUCUUUCCAUUGCUAAUUCCUGUUAAGGCAUGUCAAGCGGACUUUGAAUUUUCCGACGGCUGAGGACGUGACGGCAUGAUGAUCAGACCUAGGCCUCCGACGCGUUUCAAAAUACCUUCAAGCUAUGAGGGAGAUCAUCUACAUCCAAGCAGGCUCAUUGGCAAACUACACUGGAACACAUUUCUGGAAUACGCAGGAGAGCUAUUUCACCUACGACGAUGACGAUGAACCUAUCGUAAACCACGACCUUUCGUUCGAUGAAGGACGAAGUCCUCAGAAUCAGUCAACUCUUUGUCCACGCCUGUUAGCAUUCGAUCAGAAGUCAAACUUCGGGACACUCGCAAGAACGAGCCAAGCUGAUACAGCUACCAACGCUUCACUUGAUACGACCUGGCGAGGAAGGGUAAUUCGCGAGGCACAAGAUCCGAUUCCUCAAAGCGAAUAUCACGCUCGCCUUGAAGGCGAAAUAGAAGAAAAAGGUGGUCUGGAACGUACAGACCCAAAUAUCAGAUACUGGUCAGAUUAUAGCCGCGUUUUCCUCGAUCCUAAAUCUAUACAGCCCAUCCCUGACGCACUGGAAAGUACCGAAGCUGGGUGGAGUGUUGGUCAAGAUCUCUUCCGACGAUAUAAUGAGGAUACAGAGCUCAUGGAAGGGGCGUUUCGUUUGCUCGUCGAGAACUGCGAUAACUUCCAGGGAUUGCAAAUGAUGCACGAUAUGCCAACCUUUGGGGGUUUCUCGCAUGCUUUCCUGACUUCCUUCCGCGACGAGUUUCUCAAGGCUUCUACACUAAACUUUAGCUUCCUUUCGGGUGCAGACCCGAAUCAUGCUGGCAUCGACAAUUUUCUCGACACAAAGAGAAUUAUCAAUGACGCAUUGUGCUUGCAAAGCCUCCAUCAGCUCUCGGAUAUCACUUUCCCAAUAUUAAAUCCAUCCCGAUGGUCUCCAUUGGAAAGCAACCUAUCGCAGGUACUUUCCUAUGAUAAAAACAGCUUGUAUCAUACGUCUGCAGUCAUCUCGUCGCUGGUAGAGACCGCUACGCUGCCACUGAGACUUAAAGACAAGGCAGCAUUCACCGAUCUGUACUGCAACUUCUCGACUGGUUUGUCAAAUAAGGACGAGCAUUCAGUUUUUGCGAGGCGAAACGUAACUCGAGGGUUGCAGGAUCAAGACCUGGCGGCAUUCGAUGCAUCGUGCGACUUGUCAUCGCUACAGGAACCUCUGGUUUCCAGUAUCCACGCACCUGCUUAUCCUGUUCCGACAUCUUUUCCGUCCAUAUUCUGGCACACUAAACCAACAUCGACGAGGAUGACUUCAUCACUUGUUACAACACCUUCUACAUCGGUCUCGCUUACAGGGUAUACUAGGUUUGUGGAACAAACUGCAAGGACGCGAAGGAGUGAUGGUGUGCUUAUGAGCAUGGGCCUGGAGAGCGAUGACGUGAAAGAGCUUGCUAGUGCAUUGUGGGAGAUCGUCGAUGGCUACGGGAAUGACAGGGAAUGACCGAGAAACAUCAUCCUAUUCGGAGAUAGUAGUCUGUGGCAACCCGAAACAAGUGGUAUAGGAUUAUGUGUAGAUAGCUUAUACAUAGGACAAUCAAAUUCAUAUAUUAAACGGA